UAGCAUUGCACCAGUCUCAAAAUAGAUUACUUACAGUAUGUUCUUACACAGAAGCAAAAGUAAAUUAAUGAACUUACAGUAUGUUCUUACACAGAAGCAUAUACAACUCUGUUUUUUGUUUUCAAAGCUUUUGACUCAUUUGGUUUAUAAUAAGUUCUCUCCUUCAUAGUCUCUCACAUCUCUCUCUCUCUCUCCAAGUACUACACUCACCUUCCAUACUCUAGCUCUCUCUCUCUCUCUCUCUCUCUCUUCCAACGUCCUCCAUGGCUGAAAAUGAAGAUGAUGUUGUCCUUCCUCGUUUCUUCAAGGUUUUCCUCUCAGAAACAGCCUCUGAAUCAAUGGCCAUCCCAAUGUCCUUUAAUGAGCAUCUUGAAGAUCCACUUCCACAGAAAGCUAAGCUCCAAGGCACUGGAGGUGGAGUUUGGACUGUGACCUUCACCACAAUACGUGACUGUGCUUAUUUCACAUCUGGAUGGUCCAAAUUUGCAGAGGACCAUGAACUCAAGGACGGUGAGUUCUUGACCUUUGUCUAUGACGGUCACCACACCUUUGAAGUGAGUGUCUUCGGUCAUGGUCGUUGUAAAGAGACAAGAGCUGUGGUGGAGACAGUGGACCUUUCUGAUUCUGGUGAAGAAGAAGAAGAAGAAGAUUCUUCAGUGGAAGAUGAUGGUGAAGUUGAAAAAGUGAGCCAGAGUAUCUAUCCUGUUGACAGCAACCAGACAGUAUCAGAUGAUGCAGUUGUUGCAUGGCUUUCGAGUAUGGAGGUCACUGGAAAUCCAUGCUUUACCACCAACCUCAAGCAGAGGACAUAUGAGCUGUUGAUUCCGGCAAAUGUGGUUAGAGAACAUGCGCUUACGUUUGGAGACAACAUCAAGUACAUUGAUGCAGAAGGGGUCAUGAAAGGGGUAAGAGGGAAGUGGGCUGAGGAUAGGGUUUGCUUCAAAGGAUGGGACAGUAUCUGUAGGAGGAACAGGCUUAAAGAGCGAGAUACAGUCAACUGCGAGAUGCUUCAUAUCAGGAAGAAAGUUCACUCAGUCAAAAUCACAGUCACAUGUGGUUGAGUCUCUUAUCAUCAGCUCAUCACCAUCAUUAUCAAGAUACAACGGGAGACAUGCUUAAAAAAAAAGCCACAGAGGCAUUCCAUAGUAAGCAUUCAAAAUACAACAAAAACA